AUGGCCGACACCGACUCCUUCCUGCACCUUGCCCGGCCCCUCGGCCCUGCGCACGUCGGCGCCCAGCCAUCGACGGCCCCACUCAACGUCGUGGUCCAACCUCAAGCCAUCUUCUCCAUCCUUGAUCACUCGCUGCGCCGUAACCCCGAACAGGAGCGCGUCAUCGGCACCCUGCUUGGUGUGCGCAGCGAAGAUGGCACCGAAGUCGAGAUCCGCAACUGCUACGCUGUGCCGCACACCGAGACGGCCGAGCAGGUCGAGGUCGACAUGGACUACCAGAAGCAGAUGCUCGCCCUGCACCUGCGCGCCAACCCCCGCGAGGUCCUCGUCGGCUGGUACGCCACCUCCGCCGACCUCAACACCUUCUCCGCCCUCAUCCAGAACUUCUACGGCCAGCAGGGCGACGGCACUUGGCCGCACCCCGCCGUCCACCUGACCGUCUCCACCGUCCCUGGCAAGGACAUUGAGGCCCGCACCUACAUCUCCGCCCCCGUUGGUGUCACCGCCGAACGCGCCGCCGACAGCUGCCUCUUCAUUCCCGUCCCUUACGAGAUCAAGUACGGCGAGGCUGAGAAGAGCGGUCUCGAGCUUAUCUCGAACGCCAAGGACCGCGAGGACCGCACGCAGGGCGUGCUGACCGACAUUGAGAGCCUGGAGCGCGCAGUGGAGCAAGUCCUGGAGAUGCUGGAGCGCGUAUCGAAUUACGUCAACAACGUGCUGGACGAGGAGGCCACGCCGUCGAGCGCGCUCGGCCAGUUCCUCAUGAACGCUCUGUCGUUGGCGCCCAAGGUCGACGCUGCUGAUAUUGAGCGCGACUUCAACAACCACAUCCAGGACGUCCUGGUCGUUUCCUACCUCGCGAACACCAUCCGCACGCAGAUCGACCUGUCCAACAGGUUAGCAACCGCGGCGCUUACGCUUGGCGGCGGCGACGCUCUGGCCGGCGAGGGCGGCCAGAAGAACCAGGGCGAGCGCCGGGGCAAGGGUGGCCGCGGCAACCAGAACCGCUCCUCCGAGCAGUAA